GACAAUUUUUUUUUAUUGUCAAUAAUUUUGUCUGAUGGUCAUCUGUGAUGGUCAUGGCGUUGUAAAAGGAAUAUUAUACCCAGUAAAUACGGUGCGAUUGAGGAAUAUAUGGGAAUAUAUUAUUCUAAAAAAAGUUUGUGAUUAAUUUCAAAAUUCGGUCACUUCCGUCGCUUCGCGAAAGGGCUUACGGGGCGGGCGGAAGAAAGCAAUGGCGGAAAACAGAAGUUCGGACAACGUCGUUAUGCCGGACAUUACCGAAGUAGCCGAACCCGAUUCACUGUCGAAUGCGGCCGAGCAUGAUGCCGACGACGAUUGCUCUGAUGGCGCUACGGUUUUGUCGACAGCAAUCAAGGCGUCCCGGCGGACGAGCGACUCGAAUGGUGUCGUCACGGUGCCCGUCUCGCUGCCGGUCGGCACGCUCAUCACGGGCACUACGUUUAAUGUUAUAACAUCGGAUCAGCUGCAGCACUUCAAGCCUAUGAUAUGUGUAGAUAACGGCUUCAUCUCGGGUGGCUCGGUGCCGGAGGACAUAAAGCCGACGCACAUAGUGAUACAAAAUACCCCGUCCCCGCCGACGGCUCGCGAGCAGAAAGAUCAUGACACACAAACAAAUCCAUCAAUCUCCAGCAAAUCAAUGAGUAAUCGAUCAUGGGUCGAAACCGCGUAUAUGCCCAUUAUACCUGUGAGGUGUAAGAAUACUUCAGCAGAGCUUCAUAAGCAGAGGUUAGGAUCUGGAGGUCGAGGAAGAUGCAUAAAGUAUGGAAUGGAAUGGUAUACUCCAAGUGAAUUUGAAGCACUGUGUGGUAGAGCAUCAAGUAAGGAUUGGAAGCGCUCAAUAAGAUUUGGCGGGCGAAGUCUACAGGCAUUGAUUGAUGAGGGUAUACUGACUCCACAUGCGACCAGUUGUACAUGUGGAGCAUGCUGUGAUGAUCAAUCUGCUAUGGGGCCAAUAAGAUUAUUCACUCCAUAUAAACGAAAGAGAAAAAAUCAAGAAGGACUAGAAGAAAAGAAAAUAAAAGUAAAACGUGAAAGUACUCUCAUUGCAGCUGAUGUUGACAAUAUUCACCAGACAAGCAAUAACAGUCAUUCCAAAGAAGAUUGGCAGACAAUCGCAGAAGGACUCGACUCAAAUACAGACUACCAGCUGUUGGGGAGUCCAGAAAUGAGUACAUCAGGUCUUUCAGACAUGAACAAAGUAUUAAAGAGGUUGGAAGAUAUCGGCCAGAGUCUCAUGCAGCUUUCCAGUGAAUUAAAACAGUGUGUUGAAGAUGUAAGAAUUGUGAGUGCGAGGCAAUUGGAUAGACUCGAACAGGAGCGCGCAUCCGCAAUACUCGCGAGUGUGGACGCUUCAGUAGAUGCCGAACAGGUCUCACUACAUAGUGUAGACGAAUCAGUCCCCAAAAAGUGUGCAAAUUGCAAUCGUGAAGCAUCAGCUGAAUGCUCCCUCUGCCGGAGAACGCCAUAUUGUUCGACAUAUUGCCAGAAAAAGGACUGGGCAUCCCAUCAAAUUGAAUGCCUACGGACUGUUCCAACAAUCCAUGCAGAUAGUCAACAACAUCAGUCUAUAAUGCUUAUUGUUGAAAGUCAACAUCAAUAGUGUACAAAACUUGAUUUUAAAUAAAAAAUCCUAGUGUAAAGCGGGAUUUACAUUACAAUGAAAUUAAUAUCGUGAAACUAAUUUCGUGAUGUAAAUUCCGCUUUAACUAACGUGCGUUCAUAUAAUCAAUAUUUCCUUAGGUAAACAAAUCAAGGCAUUAAACUCCGAGAAGCGCGUAAUUUAUGAGCUUUACUUGGCAUUUAGACGUUCCGAAAUUGGUUGUUCACUUUUCUCGCAACAAACUUAAAGCUAGAGACUGAUUUGUGACAUUAGUUUGUAAUGUAUCAUUGUAUGCUCCACUCAACUGUUGGUUUUUUCGCGAAUUCGCUUUGAGUGUUACGCUACAAGUCAGUGAAAGAGCCAAGAGCUCGAGUGAUUACAAACACGCUGCAAGUUAGUCUGUGUCGCCAUAUUGUAAACAAGAUCGCCACGAAUGGUACAUUACAAACGGUACAAGGGACUUCGUCUGUCGCGUGCUGUGCUUGUUUGGAGUGUUUUUUUUGUUAAGAGUGGCUGGUUUUUGUGUUAGUUGGUGUUUUUUGGUGGUGGAACUGAC